AUGGAGAAUCAUCAGCUUGUCGUCUCCAAGGCUGCUUUUGCAGCUCGUCUAUUGAGGCCUGAUCCUACGACGGUCCCUCGAGACGAAAUAAGCGCCUUUCAUACCUCCCUCGAGCGCGUGCUGUCGCAUUGUUCUCCAACAAACGUCCAGAUCUGUAAAGCUUGGCUUCUUCGCUUUGUUGUUCUCUCAUCUAGCCGGGUAGGAGGCUUGGCUACCUACCUGGAAGCCCUCGCCGGCUCCGGGUCAUCGCAGCCCACGGGAUCUGGCGUCUCACUAAAGCGCCGAAAACUCCACAUCCUCUAUCUCCUCAGUGAUAUCCUCCACCAUUGCAAGUACCACCUAGACACUACCGCCGCCUUCUCCACGGUCACCGGGUCUCUGCAGCCGCAUAUCGUCAACUUGGUCGGUCACGCAGCAGCCUACGAUCGUCAAAAGAACCCUCGCCUUCACCGUCGCCUAGACACAUUGCUAGACGUCUGGUCUGAGCACAAAUACUUUCAUCCCGACCUCGUCGGCAAACUUCGGGAAGUCGUCAUCAACUCGGCUACCAUUGGGUUCACGCCGUCUACCAAUGAUACAACCGACGCGGAAGAUCCAACCAAGAAGUCCGGGAAGGAGGAAUCAUGGAUCAUGCCUGCUAUACACGGGGAUCCGUCCACUCCCUGGUAUGACCUUCCUGCGGGCUGCUGGUUGCCUCACAUCAUCCCCCACAAUCCAAUUCCCAUCCGACCUGCCGACAUCAAACCAGUCCGCGUACAACCAGGUCCAGCCUCGCCAAGACUGAUUCAUGCUGUCAAAGAAAGCAUUGAGUACGCGAACAGGCUCUAUGAUUCGGAGAAUCCCCUGGACGAUGCCACUGAAGACCUCGACGCGCUCGGCCAGGUAGUCAAUGGCGAACGGUAUUAUGGAUGGUCCGUCGAGUUCUGUGAGAAAAUGAAGAAAGAUCCGGACGACUCCUCGACCGGAAGCCGGAGCCGGAGCGGAUCACCAUAUCCCAAGCGCCGACGCUACAGCGACAGCUCUAUUGACCGCUCCGAGUCGCAGUCUCCACCACGUUGCCGUCCCAACCAACCUGAGAUCCAUCGUCACCAUGAUUCACAUGCUAGAGCCCCGCACAGCGAGAACCCAUACCGCCAGGAACCAUCCACUUCACACUUCCCGCCCCCUCAUGAUCCAUCUCAUCAUCCACCUGCACCCGCCAACUCAUUCCCUCCCCCUCACAACCCGAAUGCACAGUACUCGCGAUCUCAAAUGCCUCCUCAUGCUGGAUAUGCCCAACAGCCUGUCGGUAAUUAUGGCUCCUGGCCUGCUCCCCAGCAUAUGUCGACGAUGCCCUUCCCCAAUCCUGGACCUGGGUACUCCCCUUCCGCUUUCCCUCCCCAAUACCAGCACCCCUCUUCUAUGCCCUUCCCGACUACACAGGGACAAGGACAGGGACAUGCCAUGCCACCUGGACAGUACCACUUCCCUCCUCCCUAUUAUGGGGGCCAGCAAGGUCAACCGGGCGGCCCGUGGGGACCACCACCGGGUGGCCGUGGAUGA